CGAUCGGACACAGGCAGAGCUUCGCACCGGAUAGCUGAAGAAAAUCGACCAGAAAUUCGUUUUACCAAUGGAUUCCCGGAGCUUUGUUGAAUUGAAACCAACCUGGAACACUCAAGGUCCUUACGAUAUUCAUGUUUGCUUGAAUUGUAAUUUUCAAAAUGAAGAAAAUGGUUCUCAAGAUGAAACCUUUUCUUCUGGCUCUGUCGUCAUCCUAUCCAACUCUGACCAAUCAUCGCCAAAGCCCUGCAUGCUUCAAAUCAGCUGUAAGCCUGGAGCCGAGUUGCUAGCCAUAUCCGUAGUGAGCAGUGCUCGUCAUGCUGAGGUGAAUGAUAACACGGAUGGUUACCUGAGCACUGCAAGGGGCCAGAGGUUGGAGCCGGAUGGCAGAGAGGGCGAUGAUGAUGAUGAUGUCAUGUAUAAGAAGGAGAUCAAGUUGGAUAGAUCUUAUAAUAGUGUUAAAUUAAAGUUUGUAUCUUUGGCUGACAAGAACCUUCUCCAUCUCCAUCACAUUAAACUGACAUUGACGAGAAGCAACGGUAGCCGGGAGACACCUCUUCAGGGUCGUCAUGGCAACAUAAACAUGGACCAUGUCCGUGGUCUCCUAGCAUCCCAGCAGCCUAUCUCGGAUAAGGCAGAGAGCCUAAUGAACACAAUUGAACAGUACCAGAAGAAUCAAUCAUCAGUAGUUCAAGAUCUGCAGGCUGCUGUAGUGGGAGCCGCAGCCAAUCAGAAGUCAGCCAGCAGUGAUCUAGGCAUGAUGGGACAGAUGGCUAGUCUUCUUUCAGGCUUUUCCCGGAGUGGAGCACAAGGCCAAGUAGCAGCAAGUCCUGAUGUAAUGCUCAAGAUGAUGUCGUCCUUUGAAGGUGGUGGAGGGGAUUCCCCAGGCAAGGAAAGCAUGUAUGGAGCCCUGAAGAUGAUGUGUACGGGUGUAACUAACAUGAGAUUACAGGAUGAUGAAGAUGCCAAAAACAAAGCCAAGCAGGACCAAGAAAAAUGUGACGAAGAAGAGAAGAAUGAUGAACCUAUUGCGUCCCAGACCUCUCUUGGAAUCCAUCUUGAAUCAUUCCUGGCCGACAUGGAGGAAAAGAUGAUGUCCAGACUGGACGCCAAACUGGACGCAAUUCAAACUCACUUUGACCUCAGGUUCAACAAACUAGAGACAAUGCUAUCUGAGCUCACCGCCCGUCCUGUAAAUAAGGGUGAACCUGAUGCCAAGGUGAACGGCACGACAGAGACAAAACCUGCUGCCAAGGAGCAAGAUCCAAGGGCCAAUUUGUACAAGUACUUGUGAAGUAGAAUGUGGAUUAUACUAUUUAGGCUGAUUAUCCAACAUGAGCUCCACUUUGAUUCCGCCCACCUCAAUUUGAAAUACAUGUAGUAAUCCAAGUACAUGUGUCAUGUUUGGAAGUUUUUCUCACAGUAGAGUACAUGGCAGCAUUUCAUGAAAUAUAACAGUCAGUGAUUUUCACUUACAAUUUUGCUCUGAGCCAAUCAGAUGUAAGGAUUUUAGGAGCUUAUAGCAAACCAUCAGAGAAAGUACCGUAAUUUGUCUUGUGAAAUGCUCCCCAGUGGUGUGACAUUCAUCCCAUUGGCAACCGGUUCUAUUAAGUUUUUUUUUUUUGAAGAGCCGUGGCGUAGUGGUUCUGACUCUUGCCUUGUAAACAGAGGGUCAUGUGUUCGAAUCCCACCACGGUCUAGCGUCCUUUGGCAAGGUGUUAAUUCACACUUUGCCUCUCUCGACCAAGGUGCUGAAUGGGUAGCCGGUAGGAUGCCAAAAUGAUUGUAUGCUUUAAUUUUCCAGCGCCAUUAUGAGGCUGUGAUGAAUGCAAGGAAUGCUCGCCAGUGAGUGGAAAUUGUGCACUUUUUGUGCGGGAUUGAAAUGAAUCCAAACUGGGGUAAUAAUAUGCUGUAAAGCACUCUGAGCUGUUCUGGGAAAAGCUCUAUAUAAAAACUAGCUAUUAUAGGCCGAGCAUUUUCAGAUUGUAUGGGUAGGAACAAUUUUUUUUUCAAAAUUGUACACAAGCAAAUGGGAGGCUGAACAUAGAACAUUCAUGCUGUCACACACAUACCAUCCAAAAAAUUUACCAUUUCACGGCCAUACGGGUGUGAUCUGCAUAUUGUCUGAAUGCCCACUGCUGCAGAUAACAGUAUGAUGCGCGCUUGAAUCACUGCUAGCUAGGCACGCUGCUCUAGGAUUUUGCUGUUUCCAUGCAGUAUUUUUCAUAUUUUAAUCUAAAAUAUUAAUAUUCUUCAAAGUAUUCAUACUUUAUGGAACAAAGGCAUUGUACAACACAAAUAGCGAAUGCUCUUUAAUGUACAAUGGUUCAAAAGUUUGCUUUUGGUGAAAGAGAUACACCUUUUAUCACUUGGAAUGUCUUUCUUUCAUCUUGCGUAUUAUUGCUCAAAUGGGAAUAUUUGUUAUUUGUAAGAAACUAAGAAUUUAUUGUUUGAAUCCAUCGUUAAUUGAAUCCUGCAAUUCAUAGCCAAAUCUGUGCUCAAACUUACUAUUUAACCCUUAUGAGGGGUGGGGUCAGUUUGACCCCCUUCGAUGAAUUUCGUCAUUCGUUGCUGCCCAAAAUUUUUCAACCGCACCAUUCAGUAACUUUUUACUUCCAAGUCUUGCACAUCUUUUGCGACCAAAUUUGCCUUGCCCAAAUACGUGGUUCCGAAAUUAUGCAACAUUUUGUAAGUGCAUGUCAGACCAAGUGCAUGAUUACUUCUACUUUUUGCCUCGCCCACCAGAGGUGAAGGCGAGACUUAGGGAUCCAAAUGUCGUCCGGUGUCCGUUGUCCGUCCGUCACAAACC